GUCCAAGAAUGAUACUUGUACAUGGUAUAUUCUCAACCACUUUCCUUUAGUUAUGCCUUGCUGACUAAGGUAGAUACCCUAGAUACACGACUCUCCAACGGUUGCAGCCAAUUGUCAGCUAAUGUCCAACAAGUCCAGUGUUCUGACCUGCUUUAUUCAGACAACGUGACGGCGAAACCGAUCUUCAGUCAUGGCCCCUGUUGGGGGCCGUGCGGUUCGCCAUUCGCUGAAAGAGAACCAACAACGCACAAAAUGUAACCAUGUCGCCUUAGUAUGAUCUUCGCCUCAACGCCAGGAGGAGGCACAGCAAUCGCAAUCAAAAGAGACCUUUCUCUAAAAUCAUUCUCCUCCCGCUAUCUGGUUUCCAGCGGCGAACUCCAGAGCUGUUUGCUUGAGACCGGAGCCAUAGGGGAAGAUGGCCAGCAACUACACACCGCCACGUCAAGCGAUUCCGCCGACCAUGCCGUACAACGAUGGCCUCAUUCCAAACGACAACCCACAUACACUAUUCCCCGAGGUCCUCGCGAAACAUGAGCCGCUCUAUCACCGGCCGUCUGUAGUACCGAGUCAGAUGCCGCCGGCAUAUCCACACGAGCUGGCAGGAUAUGAAUCGGGAAUACCGGAAGAGCCUGGUCGGCCUUUUUGGAAAAAGCCGGUUACAUGGGUGGCUCUCAUAGCCCUCGUAAUAAUCGCCAUUCUUGCUGGUCUUCUAGGAGCCAUGGCAACCGGAGCCAUCAAAACGGCGGGCAACACCAGUGUAUCGCAUAAAGACGCAGUGAGUACAAAUGCGGCGGUCACAGGCAGUUCCAACACGGCACUAUCAUCGCCGACGUCACCAACUAUUGCUCCAGAGACUACAACUGGGCCGGACUUCACACCAACACCAACACCGACAUUAGCACCAACCACGACCACGCCUACCCCUUCAGUGCCGGCUAGAACAGUGGACUCCCCGAGCGGUCAUGUCACGAUGGAGUGCCCUGGUGUGGACCGGCUCAACCUUGAUGUCUCUUCGCCCUCGCGUGGCGAGCUCAGGUUCCAACGACUUUGCGACGUCAAUUAUGCUUUCGGGGACACCAAUCCCGGGUUUGGAUUGGUAAAAGACAAGAUAGUAGCGAGCUUGACAGACUGCAUCAAGGUUUGCGCCGACAAAACAGGCUGUGUGGGUGUUGUCUUCAACGAUGGUCCCCAAUGCUGGCUCAAACAUACACUGGAAGCAAAGAAGCCGGACGAUGGAACUGAAGCGGCCAUUCUUAUUCAGCGAUGACUCAGACCUCCAGAAAUCUUGACUACGUAGAUAAUGAUAACAAGGAAAGGUCUAUAGGCACUGAUGAAAUCUUCCCAAA